AUGGCGCCGAAAUAUGGUGGCAUGUCCGGAAGGCCCCUGAGUUUGACGGUGUCGACCAUCGCCACUAUGGGCUUCUUGCUUUUCGGUUACGAUCAGGGUGUCAUGUCCGGCAUUAUUGAUUCCGAUGCCUUCGGCAAGCUUAUGCCUAUCACCCAUGGCGACUCCACCAUGCAGGCCCUGGUGACUGCCGUCUACGAGUUGGGUUGCCUGGUUGGUGCCAUGUACGCCUUGUUCACUGGUGACAAGCUUGGUCGUCGUCUCAUGAUUAUUCACGGUGCUUGGGUCAUGAUCAUUGGUGUUAUUAUUCAGAUCGCUGCCGUAAAGGGCCAUGGAGCUACCGCCCAGUUCUUCGUCGGCCGUAUCAUCACUGGUAUCGGCAACGGAAUGAACACUUCAACCAUCCCUACCUACCAGGCCGAGUGCUCGCGUUCCUCCAACCGUGGUCUUCUCAUCUGUAUCGAGGGUGGUAUUAUCGCCAUUGGUACAAUGAUUGCCUACUGGAUUGACUUCGGUGCCUCGUACGGCCCCGAGGAUCUUGUCUGGCGUUUCCCCAUUGGCUUCCAGAUUAUCUUCGGUGUUAUCAUUAUCAUUGGCAUGUACUAUUUGCCCGACUCGCCUCGCUACCUUAUCUCCAAGGGUAAGGUGCACGAGGGUGAGUAUGUGCUCGCUGCUCUCGGUGGUUACGAAGUCGAUUCCCACGAGACCCAGCUCCAGAAGCAGCUUGUCAUCGAGUCCAUUGAGGCUGCUGGUGUUGCUGCCGGUGCUGGUUACUCUGAUCUCCUCACUGGUGGCAAGACCCAGCACCUGCGCCGCAUGCUUAUCGGUUCUUCAUCUCAAAUCGCCCAGCAGUUGUCUGGUUGCAAUGCUGUGAUUUACUACCUGCCCGUCCUCCUGAAGAAGUCUCUCGGUCAGUCUCAGUUUAUGUCCAUGCUUAUCGGUGGCAUCAACAUGAUUGUCUAUGCCAUCUUCGCUACCUUCUCCUGGUUCUUCAUUGAGAAGAUCGGUCGCCGCAAGCUCUUCAUUGGUGGUAUGACAGGUCAGAUGGUUUCCAUGAUCAUCGUCUUCGGUUGCUUGAUCCCCGACGAGACCGGACCUUCUAAGGGUGCCGUCUUCGGUCUGUUCCUCUACAUGUCCUUCUUCGGUGCCUCGAUCCUGCCUCUCCCCUGGCUGUACCCCGCCGAGAUCUCGCCUCUCCGUACCCGUGCCAAGGCUAAUGCCGUCUCUACCUGCUCGAACUGGCUGUUCAACUUCACUGUUGUUAUGAUCACUCCGGUUAUGAUUGACAGCAUCUCCUGGGGUACCUACCUCUUCUUCGCCACCGCUGGUCGCAGUCUGGAGGAGAUCGAUCUCAUCUUUGCCAAGGGUUACUGCGAGAACAUGAGCUAUGUCAAGGCUGCCAAAGAGUUGCCUAAGCUCACUGAUGAGGAGAUUGAGGCCAAGGCUGCUGAGUAUGGCUUCGAGUCUCACCGCCAGCAGGGUGAUAUGGAGAACGCUGGUGAGAAGGGCUCCCCUCGCAGCACCUCUAGCGAUGGAAAGGAUUUCCACGAGGAGACCGAGAACUCCAAGAACAUCUCUUGA